AUGGACGAGAAGAAGACCUAUCUCGCCUCCAAAGAGGCCAAAUACGCCCUGGGUACUCAUCGUGGUCCUCUGCCCACUGAAGGCCUGGAAAUUGAACAUGUUGAGACGGCCAAUUCCAUCUCCUUGGAGCCGGUGAAGCGCACGCGAUCGCAGACUCUGCGUCGCCAUUGGGCUCGGUUCUGGUGUUGCUACGCAUUCUGGGGCAUUAUUUUCCUGGCGAUUUUUCUGCCCAUUUUCUUUUGCGUGAUUAUUCCCGCCAUUGCUCAGCGGGUCCUGGACAAUGGCACUCUCGUCCUUGUUCACGCCGACGUGCUCCAGCCACGCCCCAAUUCCAUCAUGCUCAGCAUCAAUUCCGCCCUGAACUUGCCCAUAAGCUUCCCUGUGCGUAUGGAUAACUUAACACUCUCACUCUUCAAUCGCUUUCUCCCGGAGAACAACACCUGGGCAAAGCUAUACAUGGACGGGGCUACAAUCAGCGGAAACACAACCCUCAGCGUGGAUGACCAGUUUACUCCAUUGGAUGUCUAUCAGUGGACACAAUAUGUUCGCAGUGUGGUCUUCGAGGCCCAUGCUCCAUUGUCCGUCAAGGCUCCCGUCACUGCAUAUAUCGGAAAACUGAAGUCCCACAUCACCUUGAACAAGGACAUUAAGCAAAACACCCUCAACUCCUUCGCCGGCUUUUCUAUAUCCGAUCCAAAACUUCUCCUUCCCGCCGAAUCCGACGGCACUAACCUGGUCGCCAACGCAACCCUUCCCAACCCUUCUGUGAUGACUCUUGAAAUCGGCAACACCACUCUUAACCUCCUCAGCGGCAACCUCACUCUCGGAAACUGCACUCUCAACAACCUCAUGCUCAGACCAGGCAACCACUCCACGCCCGUGCGAGGGAUAUUGGAUCUUGGUACACUCAUCGAAAACAUCGGCCCUAUACUAAGUGAACAAAGCGAUUCAAUCAAAGAAGGCUACUUAAGUCUCACGGCCGUCGGCGCGAACGUCGAGUACGAGGGCGUUCAGGUCCCCUACUAUACGGAAGUGAUGAAGAACCUGACCAUGACGGCGAAGGUGCCGCUAGGGUCGCUAGUCACUAAUACUCUAAGCGGCAUCUUGCACCCCAAUGGGACCAAUAUCUUCGCGGGGUUGAAUAUGACUACUGAUAGUGGGGAGACAUUUACAGUUGGUGAGGAUAAGGCGGAUGGUGGCAGUGAUGGGGCAUCGUUGGGGCGAAGGGCAUUGAAGAUGCUGGGGCAGGAAGAGAGGAGGGAUGAGGUGGUAGAUGUCUUGAAGGCUUUGAUAAAGAGGGGAGCUUACGAGAUAUGA